AUGAUUUUACGUAAACAGGAUUUCACCAAUGAAAAUGAAGAGUGUAGAAAAUUACGAGAAGCUAAUUCGAAGUUGGAAAUCGAAUUAAAAGAGGUCCGAGAAAUGGAGAAAUCUCAUCGCUAUCACAUAUUGACGUCACGGGAAAUGAUAGGGAACCUUCAGGAAACCGUUUCACAACUAGUUUAUCUCAAAAGGGACGUAAAAAAGUUGAAGGAACAGUUAUCUGUUAAAGAAAGUAAUAUUGCUGAUGUCGAAAAGAUUCAAAAUGAAUGCGACGCUCAGGUGGCCCAGUUCACAUGUGCUAUCGAAGAGCUGAGAGCCAAGAUGCGAGAAAUGGAAGCUGACCAUCGCGAAAAGAUCAAUGUCCUAGUAUUGGAAUAUGAAGAGAAGAUACAACGAGAAUCAGCUCGUGUGGUGCAGCUUCAAGAGGAGUUAGCUCGGGAGACAGCAAGGACGGACCUUAACAUUGAUGCUUAUAGACGGCGACUGGAAGAACUUGAGGAGAAACUAAAACAAAGCCAGUUCAAGCAAUAUUUGCAGAACAGUUACCCUUCGCAGUAUGAAAGUCACGUUGAAAGACCCUAUUCUGCAAAUAGGGAGCCCUAUACAGAUUAUCAUAGUAUAGACUCGAAUCCCGUACAUGAUAUGCCUUCGACUAAAUUCGCUGGGCCUUCGCAAAAUAAGCCGCCGAAGGCAACAAACAGUCUGCAAGUAAUUUAUUACGAUAAGAACGUCGGCGUCGCAGAAACUCCUAAACCAAAAAGUUCUGAGAAAAAAGGUCUAUUUCACAUAACCAAGAAAAGGAAACUUUACAACGAUAAAGACUUUCAGGAUUUUUAA